UUUUCCUCGGUACGUUUCCAGUGACGCUUGCUUGGCAGAUAUUUUUGUCGCAGUUUGCUGAAGUGUAGCAGGUCGUGAUCGUCGCAGUGCUUAACGAUGCGGAAAGGAACAACAGAAAUACAAUAAAGUGAUUAUGAAGGUGAAUAAAAAGUGAACCAUUUGGGUAAACACGGCUUCUGCGAAAGCCGCAAAUAACGCCCAACUAAAAACCGCUUGGUGCAAAACAGCAGUGAAGAAAGUUUCUAAACUAUUAUGGCAAACCACAUUCUAACUUUAUCGAAAGUGUCAUUUAGUAGGCAGAAGGUGAGCUGAGUUCGCGGUUUCCAGCUGUCGUGUGACCAAUAAAACAAGGGAGUUCCGGCAAGUUGAAAGCUAAACUUUUCCACCGGGCAUUUCCCAAUGGUUGGCUCCUUCCCACAAACGGACACAUAUAAUAGCUUGCACUGCUAACGUAUCCUCGUAAAUUCCCACCGAAUCACAUAACAGCGGCAGCAUGUCCAAAGCAAAUACCAAGGAGGUAGAGAUGAACACAAUGCAUCGGUCCGGCUCGGCUAACCGAUUCCAGGUGAAUCUGGUUAAUCACGAUGAACGAACGGGUGGCGGAGGUCAGAAUGGCAAUGCGAAUGCUACCACCGACGACGAUACUUUUCCAGAGGAGCUGGUUAAACGGCGCACCUCCCGGUUACAAUCGCUGCGACCCAGCUUCCGGGACAAGGAGCGGAAAAACUCACAGACAACCCGCUUCAAGGUGGACAACAAUGGGUCCGAUUCCAAUGACGACGAGGAGGAUAAUCUGAUCGAUGAAAAUAAAUAUGCUAGGAGUUUUAGGCAUUUUACGAGAGAAGCACUUCCACGUGUAGACAACUACCGGAACAUACUCUCCUUCCAGGCUAACAAUCGGCCAACGCUGGAUGAACUGCAUCAUGCAUCCAUAACUAACAAGGAAACCAUGCGCCGCGGGACGGUUCAGGUGGACCUCGGUGAGCUGGAGGGCUCGGUCAAGUUCGGUUGGAUCAAGGGGGUGCUGAUGCGCUGCCUGCUUAACAUCUGGGGUGUGAUGCUCUUCCUGCGGCUCAGCUGGGUUGUUGGCCAGGCAGGCAUCGUGCAGGGUGUGGUGCUAGUUCUGAUCACAACUGUGGUGACAGCGAUUACGUCUCUCUCGAUGUCGGCGAUCAGCACGAACGGGGUGAUCAAGGGUGGCGGGACGUACUACAUGAUAUCCCGCUCGCUGGGGCCCGAAUUCGGUGGCUCGAUUGGUUUGAUUUUCUCGUUGGCCAAUGCCGUUGCAUGUGCUAUGUACGUGGUUGGGUUCUGCGAAUCGAUGACGGAUCUGUUGGCUUCCUUCGGUUUACAGAUCAUCGAUGGCGAUGUGCAAGACAUUCGAAUCAUUGGGUGCAUAACUAUAGUUAUUCUGCUGGGAAUCGUCGUUAUUGGGAUGGAGUGGGAAGCGAAGGCUCAGGUGGUGCUGCUGAUUAUACUGCUGGUGGCCAUUGCCGAUUUUCUUAUAGGAACAAUCAUAGGGCCAAAGUCGGAUGAUGAUUUGGCAAAAGGAUUCGUUGGCUACAAUAGUACCGUCUUCAUGGAAAACCUUGGCUCGGAUUAUCGGCCUGUCAAAAACGUCAACCACGAUUUCUUUUCCGUGUUUGCUAUUUUCUUCCCAGCAGCUACGGGUAUUUUGGCUGGAGCCAAUAUUAGCGGUGACUUGAAGGACCCCUCGACGGCAAUCCCUAAGGGUACGAUUUUAGCCAUUAUUUUAACCUCUAUUUCCUAUGUUGGAAUGGCCAUAAUGGCUGGAGCUACGGUGCUCCGCGAUGCUACUGGUAACGUCACAGACACGAUGAACGGAUCGUGGGCCUUUACUGAAUGCGCCCCGGAAGAAUGUCAAUAUGGACUGCACAACUCCUUCCAGGUUAUGGAAAUGGUUUCGGCUUUUGGACCGAUCAUCUAUGCCGGUUGUUUUGCCGCAACUUUGUCCUCAGCUCUGGCAAGUUUGGUGUCCGCGCCGAAGGUGUUUCAGGCACUAUGCAAGGAUAAGCUCUAUCCAAAGAUUGGAUGGUUUGGCAAAGGGUUCGGCAAAAACAACGAGCCAGUUCGAGGCUACCUGCUGACGUUUGUGAUUUCAGUGGCGGUGAUUCUAAUCGGAGAGCUAAACUUGAUCGCUCCACUUAUUUCGAACUUCUUUUUAGCAGCGUACUGCCUAGUAAACUUCAGCACUUUCCACGCUAGUUUAGCGAAACCAGUCGGUUGGCGACCAACCUUUAGGUUCUACAACAUGUGGCUCAGCCUGCUCGGUGCUAUUCUGUGUAUUGCUGUGAUGUUCCUUAUUUCUUGGCCCACGGCACUGAUAACGUUCGCGGUAGUUUUGGCGCUUUACCUUUUCGUUUCGUACCGUAAACCAGACGUCAAUUGGGGCUCUACGACACAAGCACAAACCUACAAAAACGCCCUCCUGUCCGUGCAACAGCUUAACAAUGUGGAAGACCACGUCAAGAAUUACCGUCCACAGAUAUUAGUCAUGUCCGGCCAUCCCAGUACUCGUCCACUGUUGGUAAACUUUGCCUAUCUACUGACAAAGAAUCUAUCGCUGAUGGUCUGCGGACAUGUCAGCAAGACGCAAACUUCUCAGAAGUAUCGCAACUACCUGCAGCGAAAAGCAACCGACUGGUUCCGGCGGCAUAAGGUUAAAGGGUUCUACGCUUACGUGGAUGAUAAUGACUUCGAAACCGGAGCACGGGCUGCGAUGCAGGCCAGCGGUAUCGGGAAGCUGAAACCGAACGUUCUGCUGCUGGGUUACAAGAACGAUUGGAGCAAGUGUGACUCGGUGGAACUGGAACAGUACUUCAACGUGGUGCACAAGGCACUGGAUAUGUACUUAUCCGUAGCGAUUUUGCGCGUUGCCAAGGGCUUGGACUACUCGCCGGUACUCGGGGAAGAAACCAGUGUGAAGCACAUCGUCGAAGCUCCCCGGUCCUUGGUCCACAACGAUAGCACCAACGAUCUGGACGGGCAAAAUAAGAUCAGCUCCCUGCACGGGAGCUGCGACUCGUUGAGUCGCAAUUUGUCUCAAGCCGAGCGGAACAAUGUACGCGAAAAGAAUGAGAAGAAUCUCAAAGCCAGCAGUACCAGUGAUUUGACCGUUGGGACUCCCCGCAACCAGACCGUUUCCGGCAUGCCCGAUCCGAUGGACAUUAACGCCAAGCUGCUUAACGAAACCAACCAACGUUCGUUAAAACGCACACACAACGAUCCGGCACUGUUGUACCGUGGGCCGGGGGGCGUUGAACUGCCGAAGGACAUUCUAGACGAGUUGAGCCAAUUCACUAGCAAGAAGAAAAACGGCAUUAUCGACGUCUGGUGGCUGUACGACGAUGGUGGUUUGACGUUGCUGCUUCCGUACAUUAUUAGCACCAGGCGCAACUGGAGUGCCUGCAAGCUGCGUGUAUUUGCGCUGGCCAACCGUAGAGCCGAGUUGGAGUUCGAGCAGCGCAACAUGGCCAGUCUGUUGGCCAAAUUCCGCAUCGACUAUUCGGAUCUAAAGCUGCUUCCAGUUGUGACGAAGAAACCUGAACAAAGUACGGUCAGCUUUUUCAAGGGAUUGAUUAAAGAUUUCACCGGUGAUGAACCAGGUCAAAUCUCUGAAGCUGAGCUGCUGGCAGUUCAGGACAAAACUAAUCGGCAUUUGAAUUUACGCGAGCAUCUGCUGGAGCAGUCUACCAAGUCGGAUCUGGUAGUGAUGACGCUUCCGAUGCCCCGGAAGGGCGUUGUAUCUGCUCCGCUCUAUAUGGCCUGGUUGGAAACACUCAGUCAAGGACUUCCACCGUUCCUGUUCGUGCGAGGCAAUCAAACCAGCGUUUUGACAUUCUACUCUUAAAACUGGAGACACACGCAUAAACACACACUCAAACACACAUAAAAGCAAACAUUCGCACCUUGUUACAUAUGACCUUUCCAGUAUGUUUUAAAUUGUCCGUAAAAUAUAUUUCGCAUUUUCUGUAGUUUCACCAGACGCAAAAGCAAACACAUUUAAGUAAUUUUUUCGUAUGAUUUCACGAAGCUGUUGCCGCAGUCAGCUGAUACUGCGAGUCGUUACGGUUACUUGCAGUUAAGCGGAUUUCGCAACGAUUGCCCAACGAUAAACAGUUUAGAUUUUAGUUUUCACCUGCACCCAUGCAAAUUCACCGAAGCGUAGAAAGCGACGUAAAAGUGUGGAAAAAGUUAUUCUCCAACCGUCAGUAUUGCAUUUUAUACAGCAGAGUAUCGCUUAACGCACAAUUGUUAUAUCAUUAAACUUUUUGUUAUGAAUAAGUUAUCAGUUCUACUUCCACUAGCCGCUUGCUUGGGAAAAGUAACUUCGCCCAUGUGCGGCAUCGUUUGCCAGCUCAUUGAAAUAAAUUAAGCGUUUAUAAAAAAGUUCACAUUAUUUUUAGCUUAAAUCCUCUUCCUGUUCCGAUUCCAUACAAGUAAGGUAACUACAAUACAGGCAAAAAAGUGCAGACAAAAACUGUUUUGAGUGA